AUGGUGCCUUGGAUGACUUUCUGUCACAGUAUAGGUGUGCCUUCCAUGACUAAAACACAGUUACACUUCCAGUCCAAGUUUUCAGUGGACUUUGUCAUAAAAGAACUACAGCAGUCCAUCCCAACAAUUGCCAGCGACACAGUCUUGAGAAUAUUCAAAGUGAUUCAGACCAGCACACCCUCCCAGCCUCCCUAUGGUAUUCCAUUUACUCCCUGCAAGAUGACAAGCAAAGAUGCUCAGAUGAACAGAUUCUUUGAAAGCCUAGCAGCAACUGGUGGCAAGAUAAGCAAGAUGGCUGUUGGCAGAAACCUAGAACAAUGGCAGAGUACUGUGCAGGACUACCAGGACGUCACACCAUGUUUUUCAGCUCCAGCGCAGAGAACCUUACGUGGCAGUCAGAAAUUCCUGCCGCAGUUUGCUGAGCCUGACAAAAACCACGACCAGUCAAGUUCAAGGUUAGCAGAGAAGGAUUUUGUGCCCAGGCAGAAGCUGCUGAUCAUUUUCUGUCAAGGAAAAGAGAUGACGCUACUUAUGUACAACUGGUCCAGUGAUCUGCUAGCUCAAGUAGAGAAGACUGCUACAAGACUCAUACAGUGGAACAAUGCCCGGUCUCAUAUACUUGACAGCAUUGUGGCUCAGAAGAUGGGAUUGUUUCACCACUUUGCUUUUUCAGAUCUUCAGUACCUUGCUUCCCAGAACCCAUAUACACAAUCCAUUGCGGAAGUGGAUACUCUGAUUCGACAUCAUGCACCUUCUCGGGACUACCAGCGAAGGAACAGCAGUAUUUCUAACAGAGAAAGGGAGCAGAGCUACUCACGCACAGUCAAGCGCAUAGUUCCGUUUGACCAAACCUUCAAGAACUUGCAACCGCCCAAGCUGCUGGAGAAGCUUGUCUGCAGUGUGACCAGUGACCCAGUUACUCGGCACGGCAUUCAGACUCAAGAGUUUAAAUUACAUUCCAGACAAGAGGAGGAACGAGCCAAACUCUAUCGACUGUAUGUUGGUUGGUCACAGACUAACUGGAAAAAUAGUGCCAACCCGCCUAUUACUGAAGACUAUUUGGUACAGUUGAAAAGAGCUGGAAGACUGUUCCAUUACUGUGCCACACCCUUGGUGUUUUCAACAUCCUGGAGACAGAAUGUAGUGCAUAAGACCACAGGAAAGGGAGAAAAGCCUCGUGCGGAUGCCUUUGGCAAUUCCACUCAUCCUUUUGGCACCAGCACCACUAAUCUG